UCCAACCUCUGUAAGGUCAGAUCUGGAGUCAGUCGCUAGGAGGCGCCAUCUCUCGGUGACGGUUCUCUGUGCAUGUGACCAUCCCCCAUCAAACCCAGCACUUGCACCGUCAACAUCCAUUAUCGCCGAGAUAGCCCGCGUCUUCGGUAGUUGCGUUUUGAAGGAACUGCCGAGUUUGAUACCUUUCACCUGCAAUCGACCAAAGACUGAUUUCUCAAGUAAAAACAGAUCUGUUCUUCCUGUCCAAAAUGGUGAAGAUAUUUGUUGGCAACGUCGCUUCAGAGACCACCGAAGAAGAGCUACGAGCUUUGUUCGAAAAGUACGGUGCAGUGUCCGACUGUGACAUUCUAAAGAACUAUGGCUUUGUACAUAUGGAUGAGGAAGAGGAUGCUCAGAAGGCUGUCUCCGCUUUACACAAGCAUGAGCUGAACGGCUCUCGUAUCACUGUAGAAUAUGCCACCACAAAGGUGCGCAAUGCCACCAAGAUCUACGUGGGCAAUGUUCCUGAAGGUGUCACGGCAGCCAAAAUAAAGGAGCUCUUCCAGCCAUUUGGCAAGGUGGUGGAGUGCGAUAUCGUGAAGAACUAUGCAUUCGUUCACAUGCAGAGGGAAAGCGAGGCUCUGCAGGCUAUUUCAGAGCUUAACCACUCCAAAGUUGAGGGCCAAAAGAUCUUUGUUUCUCUGUCUCGCAAUAACCCGUCCAGAAAUGGCAGAGGGGAGGACUACUUUCCUCCUCCUCCACAUCACUAUCCACCUCACCCACACCACCAUCCCCACUUUCUCCCACCACGCCCGCCGCCCCGUGACUAUUAUCCACCCCGUGGCCGAAUUCCACCCCCUCCUCUUCCACCUCCGCCACCACGUGCUUACUACGAGCGUGAUAUGUACGAGAGGGGCCCUCGCCAUGACCCGUACGCUGCCGCCUCCCCGCGUUUUUACGAUCGGGAUCCAUAUGACAGACGCCCUCCGCCCCCUCAGCGACCACUCACGCCUCCUCUCGCCGCUCGCUACUACCGUGAGCGCAGCCCUCUUGGUGGUCGUCGCUCUCUCCUGCCUCCGCCUCCCCCUCCACCCUCUUCUGCCGGCUACGCCCGUGGUUUCGCCCGCAACGGCGCUAGCUCGGUUCCCCCUCCCCCUUCCACCACUGCUUCCUCCCACUAUCAGCGCUACUCUAUUGGUUCAGGUUUUGAUAAGGAUGAUUAUUUGGAGGACAAGUACAGCAAUGGCUUCAGCCGUAGCUACUAAGCAUGCUUUGUCCUGGAAUUUCUUAGUCCCUUUUUAUUAUUUGACGGGACAAGUAAUCUAAGAGGGGCGUACCUUCAGGGAGUUAGGGAGGAAUUUUGUAGUACUCUGUGGUUGUAGCUAUUUUAGACAACGGGUCAAACAGCUAAUACUGUACUCAUUUAUUAAUAGAAUUACCUCUGGCCAAUGAAGGAAUAGCAAAUGGAAAGUUAAAUAUACCUGGUUUUUAUAGCAUGUAAAAUGUACUAUAAUUGCGAUUUCAUAUCGAUUUAAAUAUUUUGUUAAGUGACCCGUAUUUUUUUGGUGACUUACGUUGUUUUUGUUUUAAACAUUUUUAGGGCAUUUGCUGAGGUUGUACAAUACAAAAGAAUUGUCUGAAUGGUAGAGUUAAAAAAAGAGUGUUCGGGUUAUCAUUAGUUUUUCUAAAAAGCUAAAGUCUAAGAAAGAAGUCAUUUUCGAAGUUUUUCCUGCGUUUAUUUUUCUUUUUUGUCACCAUCUUUUCCAGGGGUCGGAGAGGCAAAUCUAAAUACCAUGUCUCUGUAAGCAAAUUGUAUAGAUAUUGUUCAGUCCUGCAUCAUAGUAAUUAAUUAGUCUUAAUAGUCUUAAAUUUUUUCUUAAAUUCAAGUUAAUUUAUUUUUGUUCAAUCUCUUUCUUGGAUUACCCGGGUGUAGGCAAAUUACUUUGGUAUGUUGUUAGAAGUAAUGUUCGAUGAGAGUGGGAAGGAACAGAGAGGAAAUGGGUAGAGGUGGUUGUGGGUGGAGCUAUGUGCUAACUGACUGAUCAACCUAUCACAUCUACAAGUCGCCCAACUUUCGGAUUCGCUGCCGCAUCGUCGGAUAAAGCACCACCGGUCAAAGGAAGCUCGGGAAAACAAAUGACCAACCACAUGCUGACCGUCUAACACAUUAAAAACAACGCUGAUUCAUUAGUGCAAUUUGUACACUGUAUUUCGAUAUUACGCUGUUUUAGAAAAAAGCUGAUUUUUCGACUCCGCAGACUCUUGAGAAAGUUUUUAAAUAUGAUAGAAUUACUUUGGCUUUACAUUACAAUGGACGUGUUUGUGAUUGAAAGUAUUACUGAAUACUUAACAUUGUUACCUGUUCUACUUGUACUACUGCUGUGCAUACGACAUCAUUGUAAGCGUACAACUCUGUUAAAAUGUACGUAUGUUAAAAAGUCUUUAAGCCUGUUUCUCGACUGUUGACCCGAAACCGCUACCUUUACCAUCUUGUCCAUUCGAACACCAUUGCGAUUGUUUGAAAAUGAUUCGAAAUAUAUAUGCUUGUUUUGAUUAAAUAUAAAAACCUGUUUUACCAAUCGCUGUUCACCAUCUAGCCGCCUGAAUAAAAUGUCGACUGACUUAGAUGCAACGUUUUUCAUGUCACUAGUUUUUAAUUGAGUCUCUUUCUACCUUCUGUCUCACUCGCUCACGUUUAUCAUUCGUGGAAUGCAAAUGUUCUGUGACUUGGUCAUUGAAGUGUAAAGUAAAUUUCCAAAUAGAUUCGAAUAAAAACUUGUCGCACUUUUUCACAUCAUACGAAAUGCCAAAGGCAUUCAUUUAAACCUUAAAUUCCAAUCAUUGUCUUCCUGUUGUGACCCCUGGCCAAGAUAAAUCAAUGUUUGAAACCAUUGACUAGCAGCAUCAGCCAUGCUCUUGUGUGGCUCCUCAGAAUAGGUGAGUUGAAAGUGAAGGUAAGUAAUAAUUCAAGGUGGAUUAUUUGGUCUUUUGUUCUCCUUGUGAAAUUGCAUGUUGGAUGUAUUCAUGAACUUGUAGAGCCUGUUUGAUUUGUUUUGGUUUCAGUGGCUGACAUUGAUGAUCAUUUUUAGAAAAGCUGCAUACUGUCGGUUAAACACGUCAUUUUGGAUUGUGCUGGCUUGUCUGCAUUCCCUAAUAUGUUUUUACUUUCCCCCACAGUUCCUCAGUAAUGCCAUAUUCACACAAGUUCAUGCUGUGUAGUCAUCUUUAUUGUCAACUUUUUAAGUAUAGUUAUAAAAUAUUUUUAAGAGGAAUUUCAUAACUGAUCAAAAACUCGAUGUCACAACUGAUUUUUUUGUUGCAAAAAUCUUCUGGUUCCCCAUAAUUUUUUAACCCGUUUUGAUUAUCUUGAAUAAUUGAUGUAGUUUAAAAAACUUUUUAAUUACAUUUAUGCCCAUUUAAAUGGCAAAUUUUAAAAAAGUGAAUCCCAAAGGAUCGUCAGAAUUAAAUAAUGUUCAGUAUUGAAGGCAUAAAAAGAGUGAUCUCAAUUGUGCAUACAGAAAACGUAUAG